AUGGAACGGCGGCAGUUGGAGCGGAAGCAAAAACCAUUGAUUAAAGUAGUGGCUAUUUGUGGGUCCCUGCGUGAAGGUUCAUAUAACCGCGGUCUUAUUCGUUCUGCGAUUGAGAUAAGCAAGUCGUCAAUCCCCGGCGUGGAAAUAGAGCACGUGGAGAUCGCAGAGCUGCCAAUGCUGAACACAGAUCUGGAGGGCGAGGGGAACUUUCCGCCGGUCGUUGAAGCAUUUCGUCAGAAGAUUCUAGCAGCUGAUAGCAUUCUCUUUGCCUCCCCUGAAUACAAGUACUCUGUCUCAGCACCUCUAAAGAAUGCACUUGACUGGGCAUCAAGAACCCCAAAUGUUUGGGGUGAUAAGGCUGCUGCAAUUAUAAGUGCUUUCGGAGGCUCUGGUGGUGCACGAUCCCAAUAUCAUCUUCGCCAAAUUGGAGUGUUUCUUGACCUCCAUUUCAUCAACAAGCCAGAGUUUUGCUUAAAGGCACUUGAGCCUCCUGCAAAGUUUGACAAAAAUGCCAACUUGAUUGAUGUACAGUCCAGGGAGAAUCUGAAGCAAGUUCUUCUGUCCUUGCAGGCUUUUACUUUGAGACUCCAAGGAAGAUAG